AUGCGAGUGAUCAAAAAUGUCCUCUUGUCCUCAGUCAAAUUCGGAGGUCACAGAAUCGCCUCCUCCACAACCACCCUUCUGGGCCGCGAGGGGGGCUCCUCGAGAGAGAGGGAGGGAGGGAGGGAGGGACGCCAUUUAGAAUUUCCUCGAAAUAUAAGCUUUAUCACAGAAGUUUUCAAGCAGGGGGUAUUUUGA